GGUGUUUGUGGAAUUGCCUCCUUCGCAACAGCAGCAGCAGAGCAUAGGCUAAGGGGGGAAGGAGGAUAGGGAAAGCAAGGAUGGCCAUGCCGUGGGGGCUCGCGGCGCACAUAGUGGACAUGGUGUGGGCACUCCUCGCCGGGUGGGUGUCGACGUGCCUGGUAGUCGCCAACGAGAUAGCCCGCGCCAUGCGGGGUGGGGAGAUUGGCCCCUUCAUUGUGGGCUGAAAUCUCAUUUGACUCCUCAACUGAUUCAUUCAUGCAGAUAGUUUUCGUUUGGAACAUCCUGCCCAUUGAUACAUUUUGGGUAUUAUACUGUACAGAGUCCAUAAAUCUCGAUUAGUGUUGAACUGAAUGACGGCCAUCAACAGAAGUCACAGGCUCUAGAUGAUGAUUUUUUUUUCUGUUCUGUAUGAUAAUCCUGUAAAUUUUGUACCAUUGCAUAAGAACAAUAAUGUUAUGUCCUUUUUCCCCUUCUA